AUGGCGACUAUCUCACUCGCGAUCUUUCUCGCCGCUCUCAUCCUCUUCAUCCCCCACUCCUCCGCCGAAAUUCCACUAGAAGAAUUCGAAAGAGCCAUCACAGUGCUCCGCGUCAGAGGCAGAGCUCUCUUCGCAAACGCGAUCAUCACCUCCGAUCUCCUCUUCGAUCUACUCUCCGUCGAGUCACUCACUCUCUUCGUCCCCACCGACUCCAUGCUCUUCGAUCUCGACAUGACUCACUCUUCCUACUUCUACGUCUCCACUCUCCGCCUCCACUCCGUCCCUCUCCGCCUCCCGUUCUCCGAUCUCCGCUCCCUCCCGAACGCCACCGCUCUCCCGACGCUUCUCCCCUCUCACCACAUCCGUCUCUCUUCCUCUAACGAAUCGAUUUACCUCGACGGUGUCCCGAUUCUCCUCCCUGGUUUGUUCUACGGCGAGCAUCUCGCCGUGCACGGUCUCGACGGUCUUCUUUCCCUCGCGACGACGACCUCUUCGUCGCCUCCCGAACUCUCCGUCGAUUUGCCUCCCCCUCCCGUCGUCGAUUCGCCGGCUGAGUCGCCGUAUGGUUCGAGAUUCUCACCGGCGCCACAGUCUUACGAUUACCUUUUUAGUAUUUCACCGGCGGAAUCGCCUAGGGUUGAUGAAAUCUCACCAUCGCCGUGGAGAGAAGAGAUGAUCGGAGAGGAUGAAGGAGGUCCGUUCGAUUGGUGGAGUAACCGCUUCUGA